AUGUCAGACGUCUUCCCCGAAGAAAUCAUACAUAAAAUCCUGUUGAAGUUACCCGCCAAGUCCCUAAUCAAAUACACCCUCGUCUGCAAGUCAUGGCACUCACUGAUCAAAUCCUCUACUUUCAUUCAGUCCCAUCUCCGCACCACCAUCGACUCCAGCGACCAAAACGACUCUCACCUCCUUCUUCUCAGCGCUUCCUCUAAUUCCGGUGACGACGCUUGGCAAUGGCAUCAGCGUCACUGGUUGCAUUGGGAUAGCCCUGAAUUCGGUGAAUACUCUAUGCUUUCAACUCCGGUCCUUUCAUCGAAAAAGAAACCCGUUUCCGAAAUGCAUGUGGCCGGAACUAGUAAUGGGCUGGUAUGCCUUGAGGCUGGGGAUGGUCACUUCUCCUUUGAUCGUUCUCCCACCUUGAUCUGGAACCCAACUAUUAGAAAACUUGUCAGGUUGCCUAAACCUCCAGUCUGUUUUCGCUACACCAAAUGUGAGAAGUUCUCGAUAAAUGCCUUUGGUUAUGAUGCACAUUCCAAUGACUACAAGAUUUUGAGAAUUGUGACUCUAAUUGAUGAUCAUUCAGACUUGUCGCGAUUCGCAACCAAGGUUCAUGUUUACUCCUUAGCCAGGGCAUCUUGGAAGAGAUUUAGCUCUUCUGUUGUUCCGGUGGAUUUGCAGGGUGUAUGUGGUUCUGAGCGUCCUGUUUUUGUUAAUGGCAAUUUCCAUACGCUUGAAAAUCGUUUGAGUGUGUAUUACAAUGACAAUUACGAGGAACACCAUAAGUGUGGCGGAGAGUUAUUCAUCUCCACCUUCAAUCUGGAAACUGAAGAAUUUGGCGAGAUAAAGAGACCGGAAGCUUUGGGAGAAGGCGGCUGCAAUAUGUCAAGAUACGGGGACUCCCUGGCUUUGAUUAAGCAUCAUAAUUAUAGUUGCAGAGAUCCAGUUAAUCGCGGUUGUGACAUUUGGGCUAUGAAACAAUAUGGUGUUGCAGAGUCGUGGACAUAUUUGUUCAAUUUACAUGUGGUUCAGACUAGUAUAUAUGGUUUCAAAGAAUGUGGGGAAGUUGUGCUAAUGGAGAGUACCGAACGUGGUCGGUCAAGAAUGGUUUCUUUUGAUCCUAAGACUAAUCAAUUUAAAGUUUUUGGAACUGAGGGUCAUUUUUACCGCUUCAUGGAUUCUUUUGUUGAGAGUCUUGUCUUGCUUGACCACGCCAAAGCCGUUUCUUACCGAGUAGCAACGACAAAGUAG